AUCCUGUGGUUCUUUCCUUGGGCUGAAAUUGCUGGAGAAGCGACUGAGUGAAAAUGCUGUUAGUACUAAGCGAAGAGCACAGGGAACAUCUGCAGAUCUUAACUCGGGUGGGCGGCGCCGUUGUUGGUGAAUUUGGUCGCAUUGCUGUAGAAUUCUUACGAAAAGGUUCAAAUCCCAAAGUCUAUGAAGGAGCUGCGAGGAAGCUAGAGGUUAGCAGCACCACAAUACAGCAAGCUGUCGAGGGACUCACCUAUCUUCUAACUGAGAGCUCCAAGCUUAUGAUAUCGGAGGUUGAUUUCCAGGACUCCGUCCUUGUUUUAGGUUUCCAAGAGGAAAUCAAUAAAGUUCUCCUUCAGUUGUACUUGGACAACAGGAAAGAGAUAUGUCAAAUUUUGACAGAAUUGGAACCAUCUUUGUCUCACUAUCAUAAUAUGGAAUGGCGCCUGGAUGUUCAGCUUGCAAGCAGGAGUCUGAGACAUCAGAUCAAACCCACCAUCACUAUGAAACUGCACCUAAAGCAAAACGAGCAGCUGAGCACCCAAGUGUUACAGACAGAUCCUGCCACAUUACUGCAUCUCAUUCAGGAACUUGAACAAGCUCUCGCUGAAAUGAAGACCAACCACUGUCGGAGAAUAGUGCGCAAUAUUAAAUAGAGAAAUGGGCAGUUCGUAUAUAAAAUGUAUAGGUGAUUAAUUGCCUUCCACUCCUUCAUGAUCCAUAUUUGUUUAAUAGAUAACUUCAGCCAAAAAUAAUGCAUUCAAAGUGUUCCUAUAGAUGAAGAAAUGGUAUUGUUUCAUGUUCUGCUGUGAGUGAGUGUAAAAGAAAGCCCGACACACAUAAUAUUUGAACAUACACACACAGUUAUGUAGAAGGGAGGUCCAGGUCAGAAGGGCAACUUACGUUACACAGAAGGAGCUACUUGAGUUAUUUUUGGGUUAGGGGUUUGCCAAGUUUGACAAAAGAUGCCCUAUCACUUGGGUGAAAAAAAUCUAAGCACAGUUAAUUUCUGUGCUUUAUAAAUAAUGAGCUUAAAGGAGAAGGAAAGGCAAAGUCACUUGAGGGUACCAAAAUGUUAGGCACCCCCAAGUAAAUUGAAUCGCAUACCUUUUACCCCGGGCUGGUGCCCCUGUACGGAGAGAACUGCACCACCCCGGGGUACCUGCAGCGCUUCCUUCUUCCUGCUUUGCGAGCGCGCGCAUGCGCAGUAGAGUGAAAAGCCGAACUUUAACAGAGAAGUCGGCUUUUCACUCUACUGCGCAUGCACCUAUGUGUAAGUCUUAGCGAAACACAGGCGGAAGGAGGAAGCGCAUCGCUCCAGGUACCCCGGGCUGGUGCUGUUUUCUCUUAAUAGGGGCACCAGCCUGGGGUACAAGGUAAGCGAUUCAGGUCACUUGGGGGUGCCUAACAUUUUAGCACCCCCAAGUGACUUAGCCUUUCCUUCUCCUUUAAUAGUAUUCCCCAUCUUGUAUAGUAACUAUUUUGUAUAUGCUUCAUCGGGUACUUUUAUACAAACACACAAUUCCUCCUGGACUGACAAUCUGUGGAUUCUGGCAAAUACCAGAGGGGCUGCUGUAAGAUGACAUAGUCACUAUUUAGUGGGCUGGAGGGGGGCUUUUUGGGCCUCUAAAUACCUGAAAUGCCAGGGCCUAUUUUGAAUCCCAGUACAGACCUGCUGAUACAUUCCAUGUUUGCAUUCAGACCAAUAAGUGGCAGUACUAUAUCUCUUGGUUAGUGAUGAAUUUGAUUGUACAAUACAUGAAGCUAUUAAUUUUAUCUUAAUUAAUAACAUAAUGUAUUUUCAAACGAGCCAUUUACAAACAUGUAACGCACUGACUUUGUGUAUAUAUACAUUUUUUCAAUAAUAAAGUACUUUUUUUCACUUUGA